AAAUGGUUUCCAUCACAACUGAAAAUGUUACACAACUUUACAACAUCAUGGCCACCCAGGAGCCCACAGUCAGUCCAGCAAAUUUCCACAAUAGUUCAGGAGUGCAUCAGCUGAAUCAAUAUGAAUGUAUUAAUUCAAAUAUAUGGAACUGGCUACAGGAUUUUCAGCCUGGAUUCCUCUGGUUUAUAUUUAUUCUGGGAGCAAUAGAAAAUUCCUUUGUCCUCACCGUCCUGUGUUUCCACAAGAGUCGCUGCACAGUGGCCGAAAUUUACCUAGCAAACAUGGCACUUGCUGACCUAAUGUUUGUCUGUGCUUUACCUUUCUGGGCCAUUAAUAUUUCUAAUAAAUUUCAAUGGCCUUUUGGCCUGUUCCUCUGUAAAGCUGUCAACGUAAUGAGUUACAUGAACUUUUAUUCUAGCAUUUAUUUCCUGACACUAGUAAGCAUCGACCGCUAUCUGGCCUUGGUGAAAACCAUGUCUCUUGGACGGAUGCGACAAACUGUCUGUGCCAAAUGGAAUAGCUUUGUAGUCUGGAUGUGUGCGUUGCUCUUAUGUUCACCUACAAUGGUGUUCCGAAAUUUACAGUAUUACAAAGUAUACAACAUCACAGCCUGCGGUCUUGUUUAUCCAGCCAGCUACUGGGAGCCUGCAAACAACUGCUUGCUGAAUAUUGUGGGUUUUGUGAUCCCACUCUGUGUAAUUACCUAUUGCACUACGCAAAUCAUCAAAGCCUUACGAAGUAGUGAGCUACAAAAACUGAAGGUAGUCCAGACAGAGAGGAAAGCCACCAUGCUGGUCCUUGCUGUGCUCUUGCUGUUCAUCGUUUGCUGGCUUCCGUUCCAGGUCAGCACGUUCAUCGACACAAUCCGUUACUUUUCACCCACUUUCAAAUGCCUGGAAGAAAUCAAUGACGUAGUGACCGAGGUAGCUAUGUACUGCGCCUUUAGCAACAGCUGCCUGAACCCAGUCCUGUAUGUAAUUGUCGGGAAGCACUUCCAGAAGAAGGCUGUGGAAUUCUACAAGGACUUGUUCCCAAAGAGGUGCAGAAAAUCACAGUCUGUGCAGAUGGAAAACUCCCUGGACACUUUAAGAACUUCCAUUUCAAGUGAAUGCCCAAGGAAAAAGUCUGGUUUCCCAUUACCACGAUAG